GCAGCAGCUCGCGCCCACUCCCCGCGUUAGCUUCCAUGGCGACCAGCUAGAAAGAACAUUAUUCGGACCCCGCCGGUUCGCCGCCGUGAGCGAGCUAACGGGCGCACAGUGAAACGGGAUGAUGUAGCGGAACAACUCCUUCGGACGAACAGCACAACUAUACCUUUUCUUUUUUUUUUUUUUUUCUUUUUUUGCUUCUUUUUUUUAAAAAAAAAAGCAACAUGCUAAGCUAACGCAGAGCCGUUGGCUCGGGAGAAAGUAACGGCUGCGAGCUAACGCAGGCUAGCGUUCACCUGCAGGCUGUUGUUGCUGGUGUACGCCGACAGGAUGGAGAGUGUGAAGGAAAACGGGGCGCUUUCAACUUCGCCAACGCCACAGGGGAUGCUCGACUCCGGCAGCGACGGUACCUCCGUGAAGCCGAGCGGAUUAACGCCGCUCUCCGCGGGGAAGAGACCCUCCAUCGGGGAGGAUGACGGCGGCGGCGGCGGCGGCGGCGCAGAGGCGAAACUCUUCGGGAAGGGACUCGCAGCCACCUCCCUCCUCCAGAUUGCGAUCAGGAACGGGAUCUAUCAAAACCAAGUUGCCAACGCUAUCGGCGCGGCCAAAAACAUAAACAUCCCCGCCAACAUUUACAGCCUGACAUCGGCCAGCAGCACCGCUUCUGUCAACUCUUUGCUGAGCCGGAGGCGGCAGAGACACAAGCGGAAUCUGUCGCUCGGGGCUCCGCCGACCUGCGGCUCGCCCGGCGGGUCCUCCGUGGAGGCGGCCGGUCCCGCUCCCUCGGUCUCGCCGCUGAGCACCCUCAGCCUGGACAGGAGGACUUUUCUGCGGCAGAAGCAGUCAAAGCAGCUCCAGGCCUCGGAUAAGACUUGGGUGAGGUCGGACCUCCGGCGGGGAUGCAUUCACGUCCACGACUGGCUCACGCCCUCCUACCCGCGGCCGGUGCUCUGCACGGCGGACACCACUGCUAAAGAGGUAGCCGGUAAGCUGGAAGGGAGCAAAGCCGGGGCUGUGUUGAGAAUUAACUACAAAACUAGUGCUUUAGUUGACUUAAACGAUAACUGUAAAGAUAUUAGUGGACAGACUGAGGACAUUGACAGUCUCAGUGACCCCAAAGCAGAAGACAGUGAGCACACAAAGCAGUAUUAUCCUGAUACUAAACUGUCCAAUAACUUGUUGGAUGAUAAACCCGCCAGCAACUCCUCAUCUGAGGUCUAUCUGAACGACAUCGGAGUGGAUUUGAGCCUGAGUGUGGCAGACUGUUAUGGGGUCUACUCUGGUUCAGAUAUGGAGAGCAGCACCUGUGAGGACUUCAGCCCAGGUGGGCCCAGAAGCACGGAGCUCAGUGAUGGACCGGGCGUGGGCACCGACUCCUCAGUGUUGAGCCCCAACUGUGACAGUGCCACGGAGGGACCCGACCCGUUUGAGAGCUCCUCAGAUGAAGUGGACCUCACCUCCUCUCCGACGCAUUCAACGGGCCCCUCCGCCGCAGACCCCUGCAGUGCUUCCAGCCAAGCCACCACCACCACCACACCGGAUGACACUGAAGGUGGAGCCGGCGACACCGUAGAUGCCCCCAAAUUAAUCAAACCUCCCUCCAAGUGCUCCAGCAGCUCUCAGACUCGGCCCCUGACCAGCCAAGCAUCUGUCCAGCCUGACCCGGAGGCCCCCGGGGAGGGGGGCAGGGGAUGGCCGGAGCCCAUCAACACCAGUCCGACCCCGGCUCUCUUCGUCCAGCUGCACGGUGGAGCUGUACGGCGGCUGGGAGAUGACGAGAGGCCUCUGCAGAUAUUAAACGAGUACCUCACUAAUCUGGGGUAUGAAGACCCGUGGAGGGUGCAGGGCGAGGGGAUGAAUCCAGAAAUCGGCUGCCUGAUACGCUUCUACUUUGGUAAGCCUCGCAGUGUGGGUGGUUCUGAGCGUGUGCAGCUUUCUGGGGUGUUCAACGUGCGGAAAGGGAAACUGGCGCUGCCGGUGAACCGCUGGUCGAAGCGCCAGGUCACGCUGUGUGGAACCUGCCUCAUUGUCUCAUCUGUGAAACACGCCCACACCGGCAAGAUGCACAUCCUCCCUCUGAUCGGAGGAAAGGUGGAGGAAGUGAGGAGACACAGCCACUGUCUGGCUUUCAGCUCAGCUGGUCCUCAGAGUCAGACUUACUACAUCAGCUACGAGUCCUACACAGAGCACCUCCGCUGGCACAGGACGGCCUCAAAGAUUGCGUCACAGAGGGUGAACUCAGUUGACCUGUCGUGCUGCAGCCUGGAGGAGCUGCCUGCUCAGCUCUUUUACAGCCAGGACCUCACACACCUCAAUCUCAAAAACAACUUCAUUUCGCUGCACAAAGGAGUUCCAGCGCUCACCAGGUUUUGUAAACUGAGAAGCCUCAGUCUGUCAAAUAACGCUCUGUCAGAGUUUCCUCUGGCCUUGUGUGACAUGUCCUCGCUUACGGAGCUAAACGUGUCUGGAAAUCGUCUCUCGUUGCUGCCCGCAGAAGUCGGAACCAUGCACAACCUGCAGACUCUCCUCCUGGAUGGUAACUGUCUGAGUUCUCUGCCCGUGGAGCUGGGCUCUCUGGAGGGCCUGACCUACCUUGGCUUGUCCUUCAACUGUUUCAGCUGCGUCCCCUCCGUCCUGGAGAAGCUCAGAGGCAUGGAGAGACUCUGUCUGGCAGGGAACCAGCUCUCCGUCCUGGAUAUAGCCGGACUGCAGUGGCUGCCUGCUCGCCACAUAGAUCUCAGGCUAAACCGGCUUCAAAAGGUGACAGUUGGAGAGUCGGAGCAGCUGGUUCACAUCGUCCAGCUGGACCUGAGGGACACUGGUUUACAGGAGCUGGAUGUCAGGCCUCUCUGUAGGCUGGAGCUCCUCCGCUGUGACAGAAACGCUCUCUCCCUCCUCAGAGUCAGCGGCCACGCCCUCAAGAGCCUGCACGCUGCACACAACGAGCUGAAGCUGCUGGAGGUGCAGCCGGUGCCAGAGAACCUGACUGUUCUGGAUUUGUCCUGGAACAAGCUAGGAUGUGUCCCUGAGUGGGUGUGUGAGAGCAGCAAGCUGGAGGUGUUGGACAUCAACCAUAAUUGUGUUACAGAGCUCUCCGUACAGCUGAUGUCCAGCGGGAGCCUGAGAAAGCUGCUGGCAGGCUGGAACGAAGUGUGUCGGCUGGCUGAGAGGCUGGAGAGAUCACAGCUAGAGGUCCUGGACCUCCAACACAACCAUCUGACUGAGCUCCCACACAACCUGUUCAUCAAAGCACAGAGCUUGCGGUACCUGAAUGUGUCGGCCAAUAAGCUGGAGAGCCUCCCAGCAGCCAGCCUAUCGGAGGACAGCUUCAGCAGCCUGGAGGAGCUCUAUGUGACUAAUAACAGCCUGACAGACAAGUGUGUCCCUCUGCUGACUGGACACGGACACCUCAGGGUGCUUCACCUCGCCUACAACCAGCUACAGACCUUCACCGCCAGUAAACUGGCACGCCUGGAGCAGCUGGAGGAGCUGGACCUGAGCGGCAACAGACUGAGGGCAGUGCCCACCACCAUCCUCAGCUGCCAGCGUAUGCACACACUCUCCGCCCACUCCAACUGCAUCAACGCGUUCCCAGAGGUGCUCCAGCUGCCUGAGAUCAAGUGUGUCGACCUGAGCUGCAACGAGCUGACCGAGGUGACUCUGCCAGAGACGCUCCCUCCGAAGCUUCAGGAGCUGGACCUCACAGGGAAUCCUCGUCUCAACCUGGACCACAAGAGCCUGGAGCUCCUCAACAAUAUCAGAUGUUUCAGGGUGGAUCCAUCACCUUCAGCUCCGUGUGUGAAUGAGAGCCACGGGGCCCCUGCAGUCUGGAGCCACGGCUACACAGAGGCCUCUGGAGUCAAAAACAAGCUGUGUGUGGCUGCUCUGGCUCUGGACAGUUUCUGUGGGAUUCGAGAAGCCCUGUACGGAGUCUUUGACGGAGACAGAAACGUCGAGGUGCCUUACCUGCUGCAGUGCACCAUGGGAGACGUGCUGGCAGAGGAGCUGCACAGGGGCCAGAGGCAGGAAGACUACAUGACUAACACUUUCCUCACCAUGCAAAGGAAACUGGGCACAGCGGGCCAGAGGAUGGGCGGCUCGGCGGCUUUAUGUCACAUCAGACACGACCCGGUGGCUCCCGGUGAGCACGGCGGCUGCUUCACCCUGAAGGCCGCCAACGUCGGCAGGUGCCAGGCCGUUCUGUGCCGCGACGGCAAAGCUAUGCAACUCUCCACCACACACAGCGUCAAAGAGGAGCCGGAGUACGAGCGGGUCCGGCAGCAUAACGCUAUCAUCACCGAGGACAACAAAGUCAGCGGUGUAACCGACUCCACCAGGAUUAUGGGUUACUCCUUCCUGUGCCCGUCUGUGACCCCCAGGCCCCAUGUCUCCACGGUGACCCUCACCCCGCAGGACGAGUUCUUUCUCUUGGGCAGCCGGGGCUUGUGGGACUUGCUGUCUCCCAGCGAGGCGGUGGAGGCGGUCAGGAACGUGCCGGACGCUCUGGCUGCCGCGAAGAAGCUGGUGACUCUGGCUCAGAGCUACGGCUGCUCCGACAGCCUGAGCGCCGUGGUCGUCCAGCUCAGUAUCACGGAGGACUGCUGCUGUUUCUGCGAGCCGCCACCUCCACCCCCCAGCCCCGGCCUGGGCGCGCACACCGGCACGCACCCCUACUCGGCGAGCGGCGACGGCGGCAUACCGCUGCCGCCGGCCUCCUCUGGAACGGUGAGCGAGCUGAGCAGCGAGUUCAGCACCUCCGAGAUGAGCAGCGACGUGGGAUCCACGGCGUCCUCAGAGGAGCCGCCGCCACAGACCGAGCCCCUGACGUCCCACCUCAACCUGCCGGGACGAGCCGGCGUGCGAAGGCCCGCCUGUGGAGGUGGGAGCUUCCAGAGGCAGUUCUCCGGAGCGCUGUCCGACAACGGGGUGGACAGCGAGGACGAGGAGCCCAUCGCCGGCGUCUUCUCUAACGGCAGCCGCGUGGAAGUGGAGGCCGACGUCCACUGCCUGCUCCGCCACCACGACGCGGCACCCCAAACACACGGCCACACUCAACAAAGCACAAACAUCCCUCCCACUGUCGCCUCGCAUCACGAGCCUUCACCUCCCCCCUUCUGCUCCCCGUCUCCCUCCCCCGUCCCUCCCUCCUCUCCCUGCCUCAGCAGGGAGGCUCUGUCAGGGACUCUGGGCCGCAGGGCUCGAGCUAACGGCUCCGUGGCCUGCCAAGGAAGGAACCAGGACCUCAUAGAGGAGGCGGCCGACGCCCCGUCAGAAAGCCAGGGGGGCUACUUCAACGCUCCCGCCCAGCCGGACCCCGACGACCAGCUCAUCAUCCCGCCAGAGCUGGAGGAGGAAGUCCGACAGAUCAUCCAGCAGCAGCAGCAGCAGGAACAGAUCCAAACACACAACCAGCAAGCACACAGCUACCAGAAACCUGCUGACUAUUUCAUCACUCCCCUCUAACUUCUGCCCCCCCGCCAAUCCACAAGCUCUCAUCCAGGGUUUCAGGGAUGGAGGACUGUGGAAUCAGGACUGUCGGUCUUGAUGCUCUGCUCUGCAUUAAGUCGUACCGCUCAGAUUCUGAACGUGCUUACGGACCAGAGACUGUUUGUUUUUGUUAUUUACUUUAUUUUCUACUGUUCACUCUUUGCCCCUCGAAAACGCAAUGCAACUUUUAUAACACUUUAUGUUGAUUAAAUCUUCACAUGUAAUUGAUUUUUACCAUAUCUUUAAUUUGAAGAAGCACUUUGAGUGCUUUUUAUUCGACCUUUUAGGUGAACUCUAUGUUUAAAUGGUACUUUUUGCGAUUUGGACCAUUCAGUUUUUUGUGUUGUAGCAGACAUUUCCCCCCCGUUGUGUCGCGGCUGAUGGCCUUACAGUUGUCGGGAGUUAGUAAAACUGUUAAACUAACUCCUAGGAGUUUAAUACUUAAACGUGACCUAGUCACAGUGAAACGUACUAAUAUUCUCUGAGAGAAAAAGACGAUUAUUCCAGGUGUGUGGAGAGUUCAGAGUGGUGCUGCAGUGGUGAGUAAAUGCUGAACGGGGGGGGGGAUCCUACAGUUGUUACCAGCUCAAUGAAUGUUCUCGGAACAGUGUUACAGACUUUUUGACAACAGCGAAUCGCACAAGAGAGCUACUUUUGCUAUAUAAUAAAUGAAAGUUUCCAAAUAAUCUCAA